UCCUGUGUGUUGCUGGCUGGAGAAGGGUAGUUGAAAACUCAGACCAAGCACAGUGUUUAUGUUGGUCAAAACUAGAAGACUAUGUCCAGGCGCGGCCGAGGCUGGAGGAUCCCUUCAGGCCAAGAGCAACCUAGCAAUAUGGCGCGACCGGAUCUCUGUAGUCCUACCUCAGCCCCCCAGCUAAUUGAACCCCAAAGUUCGAGGCUCCAAUGAGCUAUGAUCCCACCACAGCAUUGCAGCCUGCCAGACUGAGACAUGAACUUAUGAAUUCAACACAUGAAGACUUACAACUUGAUAAACCAGCUUUAGGAGCUGAAGCCUUGGGGAGCACUGAAGCCAAGGCGGUACCAUACCAAAAAUUUGAAACACAUGUGAAUGAGCUGAAUGUGGAAGGACUACCGGAAAACAUUCCUUUCAGAAGCCCCUCAUUACAUGGAAUCCCAAGGCUCAAAAACAUCUUUCAAGUGGGCAAUCGAAUUAAGUUUGUUAUUAAGAGGAUUCAACGGUUUCAGGUACUCCCACCCUCAACCCUCUGGCAGGUAGAUUCACAAUCAACCCAGGCAGUGGUGCCACAUAAGACUUACAGCAUGGAGAAGCUGGCAAGAACUCACAUUUCUGCUGAUGAGUUAACAUCAGUAGAGGACAAAAAGAAAGAGCUAGUAUUUUUUUCUGAAACUUUCCAACCAGAUAAGGCCCUCUCCUUGCUAAGGUAGAGAAAGUGAUGCCACAGGUGAAGCCCCACUGUUUCUGUCAAUUGCACCCUUUCACAGAAAGGAACUAUCAUGAGCCAAGAAGAAACAUUUCCCUCAGUAUCCUCCUCUCCUCAC